CUAUAAUAAAUAUCCUGCAGGACUGUAUUCUCCGCAGAGGGCCUUAAAAGUCUGGCUGCAGCAGUUCAGUUCAGAGAAGGCUGAAGAACAACAGUGAUAAAACAUGCCUGACAUAAUUUUCUCAAAUGCCACUGCAAACUCCAUCAUCCGUCCUCAAUAUUUUCAGUUUACUGGUUUUUCUAACCUGCCUCAUGCCAAAUACUACUUUAUUCUCUUGUGCUUUGUGUAUGCUAUCACUUUAUUGGGCAAUUCCUUUGUUAUACUUAUUAUUUACAUAGACCGCAGACUUCACACCCCAAAGUAUAUGGCUGUUUUUAGCUUAGCUGUAACUGACUUAGGUGAGAGCACUGUCCUUAUUUCUAAUUUGUUUGGCAUCUUUGUAUUUAAUACAGAACAGAUUGCCUAUGAGGCUUGCUUGAUCAAUUUAUUUUUUGUGUUUUUCUUCAGCUCCGUUCAGUCUGUCAUGCUUACUGUUCUAGCAUAUGACAGGUUUGUUGCAAUUUGCUUUCCACUAAGAUACCACAGCAUUUUAACAAACAGCUCAAUGGCCAUUCUCAUCACUGCUGGUUGGUUAUUUAAUUUUCUAUUCAUGCUUAUUGGACUGAUUUUCCUCACCCGACUGUCCUUCUGUAAAUCCACAGUGAUCGAAAGCUAUUUCUGUAAUUAUGGACCUAUAUACCGACUGGCAUGUAAUGAUAAUACUCCAAGUAUAACAUUAGUAAAGGUAUACAUUGUAUUACAUCUAUUUUUACCAAUGUCUGUAAUUGGUUUAUCUUAUGCAUUUAUUUUGUUGGCGCUGUCUAAAAUUACAUCCUGGGAAGGACGUCUGAAAGCCCUAAAGACCUGUUUUUCUCAUCUUUUUUUGGUGUCUGUGUUUUACGGUCCAUUAUUGAUGACUUUUGUAGCUGGAGUCAUCACUCCAUUUCACCUCAAUACCAGGAUAAUCACUACAUCACUCUCAUAUGCCAUUCCUGCUAUGCUAAACCCCAUUGUGUAUUCUCUCAACACGGUAGAGAUCAAGGACUUUGCAGGAAAGAUGUUCAGAAGAAGCAAACUGAGCAUCGUUGUUGCAUUUUCUAAAUGACUGUCAAAUAUCCUCAGAAAGCAUACAUUUGAAUUACUUGUGUCAAUGGUUAUAUCAAAUGUCAAUAUUAAUCUUUUAAUCCACUGCUUCUUGAACAAAGUUGUUUCUUCUUUGAAAAUCUUUUAUGUUCUACAAUUUGCUUUACACCAGAAAAAAGACAUACUGUACUGUAUAACAUACUGUUGAGGUCAGUGCCCGUCUGGACCUGUUAGCUGACCAUCCUGUUUCUUACUCUACUUGUUUACCUGAUCCCCAGGUCACCACAUGACUUAAUGAGCUAAGUAGUCGUCCACUGUUCCCAGCUGCCCUCUUAGUUGUGAGUUUGAUGUAUCCCUUUAUUAUGGCCAUAAUUUUAUUAAUUUUUAAACACAUUAAUAAUAAAUAAUAAUGCAUUUGUAAACCAUUAUAAACAUGGCUAUAAAUAUUCAUCAAAAGACAUAACACAUUAUAGCGUUGAGAAUUAUGCAUUAUGAAUGUUUUAUGAAGCUCUUAUCUAUAAUGCACUAUAGAUACCUCAGAAUACCUCAAAGUGGAUGAGGUACCUCAGACCCCAGAGGGUUAGGGUUAGAAUGGUAGUUCUAUUGGAGACCCUUGACCUAGUGUAUGUACGAAGCAAUGUGCAUGAAAACAUUGGACUAAUCACAUACUGUAUUGGUUGACAAGGAAAUUACCACAGAUUAGCAUUUCACAGCCCACCCAGAAACAUGCAAUGCAUUCCAUGUCCAUCAGGAGAAGUACAAGGAGAAGAGGGUGGAGUAUUCUGGUCAUCUCUCUCUUUGCACCCUUCUCUAUCCCACUUCCACAUAAGGAGCGCGAGCUCAGGCAGCGUGGCUUAGGAUUGCAAGGACACACAACUUCCUUUUAAGGAUUUUUUAAAACUGUUUUAAUUAUUAUUAUUAUUAUUAUUAUUAUUAUUAUUAUUUUGAGUCUUAAAAUGAGUGUUUUAGCCUAAUUGAUUCACAUACUCGGGGUGGCAUGGUGGUUCAGUGGUUAGCACUGUUGCCUCACACCGCUGGGACCCGGGUUUGAGUCUCCAUCUGGGUUACAUGGUGGAUAAGCGGUUUGAAAAAUGGAUGGAUGGAUUCACGUGCUAUGCAUGCUGACAAGGCAGAUGUCACUUCAACCUAGUCUA